GUGUGCGAAUUUAGGGUUUUGACGAUUUGAGGAAUUCGUGCAAUGUUUUUCAAAUUCAAUAUUAUUUGUUGCUAAAUUUCGAUUAACCGUAGUUUACCGACGGUUAAUAUUUCCUUUUCAGUUUCCGGAAAUUAAUUGAUUUAUCAUGGGUUUUCAUUUUUUUGGGGAAUUCUUGAGCUCUCGCUCUCAAGACUGAAACUUUGGUGUUUAGAGAGAGAGAGAGAAAUUGCAUGAACAUUGAACAGGGAAGCAGUAAACGUGUUUUGGAUUUGAGGGACACGGCCCUGUCGACUGCCGACAUAUGUCAUAGAUCCCUCGUUGAAAUCCUUUUCAAAUUUUCUCUUCUCAAUUUUUAAAAAUUGUUUCUGCGUUUUCAUCGACUUCAGUUCUAAAUCUAUCCAUGAAGCAAAAACAAAUGAAUUACGAUGGUCAAAACAAAAAACAAAACCAUAUUUUUAUCGAAUUUCCGAUUAACGAUGUGUUUUGUUUACUUUAUUUUAUGUGAGUUUGCUGCUGUCCCAUAAUUCGAUGUUUUUACGCUGAAAAAAAUCAUGGGGAGGGACGAUAAUCCUUCUUCCACGUGGACCUCCGUGUCUUUUUCUCAUUUCCCGAAGAACAAUAGCACCUGCAAGUUUCAACCUUCUUAUGAUUGGAGAUUUUAAUAUUGUUGAUGCAGACAAAACCCCACAGAAGCAAAGGGGAUUUUUAUUGUUUUUUCGCAAAUUUUUGUGUGAGACUGUGGGAGUCAAAAAAUAGGAGAAAACCCCUUUUAAGCAUUAUUUUAGUUAAGUAAGUAAAUUUAUGGCAGUUGAUCCGGAUUACUCUGUAUUUAAGUUUUGUUUUGGAAAGAGUUAGAGAGAGAGAGAGAGAGAGAGAGAGGUUAGAGAGAGAAAGCUAAAAGCUUUGGAUUGUUUCUGCAAGUUUUGGGAUCGCUUUCAUUGAAUUCCCUUUCAGACAGAGAGUUGCGAGAGAAGGGAAAACUGGGCAGAGAGAGAGAGAGAGAGAGAGAGUGGGGUUUUGUUGUGUGAGUUGAGUUGAGUUGGCCCAUUUUCCAGCCCGACCGACCAUGGCACUCCCGUGAGAGGGACCAGAGCAAAAAUCAAAAGGCAACACGCUUUAACCAGCACACACGGUACAACCCUUCCUUUUCUCUCAUCCUGCACCCUCAUCCUACACCCUCACCACUGUCCACUCUCUCUUCCCAAUCUCCCCAGUAAUCCUUUGUGUCCCUACCAGCCCUACCCUUGCAUUCAGUUUUGUGGGUUAUCAAAACCAACCUCCAACCAUAACCGUUUUUGGCACCAGAUGUUGUUUACCCCCUUCCUAAUUUCAUUGCCAUGGCCUGAUCUGAUUGGAUUUGGGCUUGUUUGUGUGGAAACAGAAUACCCUUUUGACAGUAUUUGCUCUAGUUCCCAGAUUGAUUCUCAAUUGGAUCUGAGUCUCUGUAAAGAUAUUUAUUGCUGGGAAAAGUAUCUUCUUUUCAAGAAACAGGUUGUGUUAUUCCAUUGAGUGUUGAUAUAUGAAUGUGAUGGGAUUAUAUGAAAUGCAAAAGGAUGUUGAGUACGUAAAUUUGGUUUGAUGAAAUGAAAGAAUCGAAUUCCAUCAAUGCGGUUUGAAUUUGAUCUGGAUAGUGUGGAUGGAUGUGCGUGAAUCAGCCCUAGCAGCGCUGAGGAAGCAAAUAGCCGUGGAGAACCCAAGACUGCCGUUGGUUCCCGCAGGGAGGAACAACAAUGCAGUCACUACCCGCCACCCUCGGACGAGAGAAGUUAGUUCUAGGUACAAGUCUCCCACUACCUCCUCAACAACUCCCUCAUCGCCUUCUGGUGCCCGGCGCUGCCCAUCGCCAACCCUUACAAGAACAUCGCGUCCAUCCUCACCGUUGGUGUCCAAGAGAUCCCAAUCUGUGGAUAGGAAGCGGCCUUCCACACCCACUUCCCCACCAAGUCCAUCAACGCCCGUCCAGGAUUCUUCUGCAGAUGUGCAAUUGUCGUCCAGAAGAACAGCGAACGGUCGAAUGCCGGAGGGUUUAUGGCCUUCCACUAUGAGGAGUUUGAGCGUUUCCUUCCAAUCUGAUAGCAUUUCAAUUCCCGUUAGUAAGAAGGAAAAACCAGUGACAAGUGCUCUGUCUGACCGCACUUUGAGGUCAUCUUCGAAUGUGGCUCAUAGACAGGCUGAAACGCCUGCUGCUUCUCGAAAGCUCACACCAGAGAGAAAAAGGAGCCCUGUUAAGGGGAAAAAUGCGCCUGAUCAAUCAGAGAAUUCUAAGCCGGUUGAUGCCUUGCAUUCCAGAUUGAUAGAUCAGCAUCGUUGGCCAAGUAGAAUAGGUGGAAAAGUAUCUUCCAAUUCAUUAAAUAGAAGUGUAGAUCUUGGUGCUAAGAUUGUCGGGCUUGCUGCACCAGCUCCUGUAGUUGGGUUGUCUACACUGAGGAGAACACGGCCAUCUGAUUCUUCGGGUAAACCUUUACAAAAAUCCAAUAGUGAUGCUGCUGCGUUAUUAUCACUUCAUCAAAGUGGUAGAGCAGGACUUGGAGCUUCAGCUGAUGGUAAUUCCCUGCAGGUAUCUGGACCUCACAAGCUUGCCUCGACAAGUUUAACAGGCAGGUUGUCAUCAACAAGUCAUUCACUGAAAUCUCAAUCUUUGCCUAGUACUCCAUCACAAUCACGACCAUCCUCGCCUAGUAGGAGCUCAAUGUUUGCAUCCUCUGUUACCAGAGGUUUAAGCCCGUCUCGAUCAAGACCAUCUACUCCUCCUUCAAGAGGAGUUAGCCCAUCUAAGGCAAGGCCAUCUGGUACUUCUAGUCAGUCAAGCAGUUCAACUUCUGUGCUUAGUUUCAUAGCAGAUUUUAAGGGGAAAAAAGGUGCAAGUUGCAUUGAAGAUGCUCAUCAGUUGCGGUUACUUUACAAUAGAUGUUUGCAAUGGCGAUUUGCUAAUGCAAGGGCAGAGGCUGUACUUUAUGUUCUGAAAGUAAAUGCAGAGAGAACUUUAUUGAAUGUGUGGAACACUACACUAAGCUUGUGGGACUCAGUAAUCAAGAAACGAAUUGAUCUCCAGCAGUUGAAGCUUGAACUUAAGCUGAAGUCAGUAUUGAAUGAUCAAAUGGCUUACCUUGAUGACUGGGAUUUACUUGAAAGCGAUCAUAUUGCUGCAUUCUCGGGGGCUAUGGAAGAUUUGGAGGCAAGCACUCUGCGUCUUCCAGUGACUGGAGGGGCAAGGGCAGAUUUGGAUUCUUUGAAGGUAGCAAUCUGCUCAGCUGUUGAUGUGAUGCAGGCAAUGGCAUCCUCCAUAUGCUCUUUGCUCUCACAGGUGGAGGGCGUGAACAGUUUGGUUUCUGAACUUGCUGUUGUAGCAGCACAGGAGAAAGCCAUGCUUGACGAGUGUGAAGCGCUGCUGGCUUCAGCAGCAGCUAUGCAGGUAGAGGAAUACAGCCUGAGGACCCAUCUCAUGCAAACGAAACAAGACUUGGCAAAGGCGAGCGGCCAAUUUUGGCAACCAAGACAUCUUCUUGAUCCUGACUAGCUUCAAAGCCAAUAAGAAAAGCUCGCAUUGUCAAUUCCGAAGGGAUAAAUACAUACCCGGGCAGAGAUAAGUGUCUCCGUCAGUUCACCGUGAUUGUAAAUUGAUUUUUCGUUUUUAGCCUUGGAAUGUCAUCUUGUUAUAUUCCAAUUUUUUUUCUUUCUUUUCGGAGCAAAGGGCCGAUGGCUCCGUGCUUUCCGGUGUAAUUUUUUGUGUUACGCAGAUGAAAAGGAAAUGCAAAGGAAGCAAAGGAUUGAAUUCAGUGUAGAAACAAAAGUUCCAAAGGAAAUGAGAUAGGAAACAUCGUAAUUACCAUA